AUGUCAUCUCUCGGAACCGUGUAUUCUUACCCCAACAACCCUCGUACAAUGAAGAUCCAAGCCGCGGCUGCCUUCAACAACAGGACCAUUGAUCUCUUUCCCGAUUUCGUUAUGUUCAAAACCAACCGAACUCCCGAAUUUCUCUCCGACUUCCCACUUGGCCGUGUCCCCGUAUUCAAGGAUGCCACCUCCUUCCAACUUUUCGAAUCGGAUGCUAUCACCCAGUAUGCCGCUGAAAGUGGCCCCGCUACGAACCAAUUACUAGGAUCAAAUAUCAAAGCACGCGCGACCAUUCGUCAAUGGAUAUCUUUUGCUAAUAAUGAGAUCUUUGAACCCAUCACUACGCUCAUCUUCUGGAGAUAUGGAUUUGUGCCUUUUGAGAAAAGAGCAGAGGAUGAAGCUAUGGGAAAAUUGGAGAUUGUUUUGGGUGUUUUGGAGAGUCAGUUGAGUAAACACAUGUAUGUAUCUGGUACGGAUGAUAUUAGCUUGGCGGAUAUCUCUGUUGCUGCUGCUUUGUAUUGGGGAUUUGAUCAGGUCAUCGAUGUAGAGAUGAGAGGGAAAUUCAAGAAGCUUGUGGAAUGGUAUGAGAGGACUAUUAAACAUGAACAUCUUAGCCCUUUCUGGGGGGAACAGAAAUUUGUUGAGAAGAGGAGAGAGGGGGCGAAUAUUUGA